AUGAUAUUGUUAUUCAGUAAUCACCAAAUUGUUCAUGGAGGAUCCAAGAACAAAGGAAAAAAGAGAGUUGCUCAUGAAAUGGAAGAGACUCUAACAACCGACGAAUCCUUUCCUCAAUCCUCAAUUCUUGAAACAAAAGAGCAUAAGGGAAAGGGGCAUAUCGGUGAAAAGAAAUCAAAAGGAAAAAAAGAAAAGCACAUUAAGGUUGGUUCACCCGAAGAAUCCAUCAUAGUUCCGACACCAAAUGAUCUUCAAGAGGAAUCAUCACCCAUAAUUACAGCUUCAUCAGAAAAGAAAAAAUUGAAAAGAGAACAAAAGAACGAAAAAAAAGAAAAGAAAGCGAAGAAAGAAAGAACAACAUCUUCAGAGUUGUGGCCCAUUGGAGAUGAAAUACCCUCUGCUCCACAACAACCAUCUCCAGAAGCAGCAACGCGUCCAAAUACACUGGUUGAAGCAGGCAUUCCGGAAACAACGCCUCAGACUGUCAAAGUCUCAGGCUCACCAAUUGAGGCAGCAACUAAUGAACCCGAGACAGAACGAAAGUCCGAGGAACCACCAUCACCAAUUUCAUCUUCUGAGCUGAAUGCAUCUCGUUCUAAACAUGUCAGGCUUAACAAAAACGUAUCCAAAAUCCUAGAAAAGAGGCAAAAACAAGAAACAAAGGAACUAGUUAAAGAACAACGAAUCCAUGAAAAGGUAGAGAAAAAGAAACAAAAAGAAUUGGCCAAACAGGCGGAGAAGGAAAAAGACAUGGGUUUAAAAGAACAAGUCAAGUCAACACAAAUGCAUAUCUCGAAAUUGAACAACACAACACCCUCCCAACAAACUAAUGAACCCGAGACAGAAAGAAAGUCCGAGGAACCACCAUCACCAAUUUCAUCUUCUGAGCUGAAUGCAUCUCGUUCUAAACAUGUCAGGCUUAACAAAAACGUAUCCAAAAUCCUAGAAAAAGGGCGAAAACAAGAAACAAAGGAACUAGUUAAAGAACAACGAAUCCAUGAAAAGGUAGAGAAAAAGAAACAAAAAGAAUUGGCCAAACAGGAUUCGAUGAUAAUUCAGGCGGAAAAGGAAAAAGACAUGGGUUUAAAAGAACAAGUCAAGUCAACACAAAUGCAUAUCUCGAAAUUGAACAACACAACACCCUCCCAACAAAAUCCUGUAGACAAAGCAAAAGAAGUUGUAAAACAACUCGUUCAACCGAUCAAAGCACCAAAGACCAAUGUUACAGCCGCAACUCAACUACCCUCCGUCAUUAAGGCUCUAAAAACCGUGAAACUUGUUGAUAGUAAGGAUAGUGGCGGCAAACCAAAAUCACAAUCAUUGUAUUCAUGUUUCGGAAAGCUAUCUGAUGCAUUUGAUGUAUGCUCUGGUAAUGGAAUAUGUGUUGAAAAUAAUAAGUGUCAAUGCACCGCAGCGUUUGACGGAAUUGAAUGCCAAUCACGGUCCAGAAAACAAGAAACUAAUGUAAAAAAUCUCUUGAAGGAACGGGAGAGAGUUAUUCAGCAACAAUUAGAAAUAGCGCAAAAAAGUAAAACAAACGAAGACAAUGGAAAACAAACGUCUGCGCAGUUGAAACAAUUUGUAGAGGGAAUUACAGUGAAUAGUGGAGGAUUUAACGAAAAAUUAAUUUCAGAAGUAUGCAAAGAAUUGAAUGACCUAGGAAUUCAAGUCGAGAGAAACAAUACUGAAAUUUUAAAACAAGUGGGAAAGCAGCCCAAGUAUUUGUCCAAGAUAAUUGAAAUUCAAAAGAUAUUUGUGAACAAACUUACAGAAGCUGCAGUUUCAUUAAGAAAGCUCAAAGAUAGAGAGCAGAAGAAACGUAUUAGUUCUUCGAGAAUGUCUGCCAUUCAACAAUCCUCAAAUAAUGUAAUGGUUGAUGUGCUACCACAGGACGUAUUGCCAGCAGGGUCAAGAGUUAUUGGUUCAGAAUUUUUGAAUCCUGCUUCGAGUUGCAACCACUGCUAUGUGAAAGGAGACUUCAAAAAGGGGCUCAAAUGGAUUCAUCCUACAUUGUCAGUCAAUUCUGCCUAUACAAUACGAGUUUUUUGUAACGAAGGAUGGACUCUUGUUGGACUACGCAGUGCUCUUUCUGAAAAAGUGUUUGACUUUUCCACUGACAUUAAUGAAGAUGGUCUUAUGAUGUUGAAAUUUUCUUUGCACUUUGCUCAACUCAACCUUCAAGUAUUUGACAAACUCAAAAAUGGAGAGGUCAAAAUUAUGAACUUUUCAAACAAUUCAAACGUUUACGUCAAGUCAUCCUGUUCAUUGCAACGCCUGGCUCAAUACUGCUCUCAAGCAUGUGAAUGUGAGAUUUUAGAAGAAGAAUCAAAGGUGUGGAUCAAGUCCACCAAGUCUCCCUUCCCACAUGGUAUUCCAAUACUUGUCUUCAUUAAGGAAUAUGCUCCUGUGGAAACUGUAUCUAUAUUGUAG